CUCUUAAAAUGUACUUGGCAACAAAAUUCAUGCCAAUAUGACACCUGGCUGCGUAGGAAAUUCAUGACACAGACAGCAGGGCAGGCUUCAGAUCAUGGCACUGUGGUGACUGUGAUCUCCCCGGAAGCCUCUCAGGGAAAGGCUCAAUACUCUAUUCGCCCUUGUCUGCCAAUUGGAAUUUGAAGGGAGCUUGCUUGCUGAUGUCCUGUGUGGACCCAGAGGUACUACUGUCCGGAUAAGGGAAUUUAUGGCACAAUGGUAAAUUUCAUCUUUCCCAGAAUGAUAUGAGGAUCAAUGAUGCAGACUGCUGGGUUCAAUGAAGCUGGACAUUUUUAACUAGAUUCAUUAAGGAAUACAAAGAAAAUAUUUAAAGGGAUCAAUAAUGGUGUCUUCUGGUUGCAGAAUGCGAAGUCUGUGGUUUAUCAUUAUAAUCAUCUUCUUACCGAAUAUAGAAGGUUUCAGCAGAGCAGCUUUACCAUUUGGGUUAGUUCGGCGAGAAUUGUCCUGUGAAGGUUAUUCUAUAGAUCUGCGAUGUCCGGGCAGUGAUGUCAUCAUGAUUGAGAGCGCUAACUAUGGUCGGACAGACGACAAGAUUUGUGAUGCUGACCCAUUUCAGAUGGAGAAUACAGACUGCUACCUCCCAGAUGCCUUCAAAAUUAUGACUCAGAGGUGCAACAAUCGAACACAGUGUAUAGUAGUUACUGGGUCAGAUGUAUUUCCUGAUCCAUGUCCUGGAACAUACAAAUAUCUUGAAGUCCAGUAUGAAUGUGUCCCUUACAUGGAGCAAAAAGUUUUUGUGUGCCCUGGGACCUUGAAAGCAAUUGUGGACUCACCAUGUAUAUAUGAAGCUGAGCAAAAGGCAGGUGCUUGGUGCAAGGACCCUCUUCAGGCCGCAGAUAAAAUUUAUUUCAUGCCCUGGACUCCCUAUCGUACCGAUACUUUAAUAGAAUAUGCUUCUAUAGAAGAUUUCCAAAACAGUCGCCAAACAACAACAUACAAACUUCCAAAUCGAGUAGAUGGUACUGGAUUUGUGGUAUAUGAUGGUGCUGUCUUCUUUAACAAAGAAAGAACGAGGAAUAUUGUGAAAUUUGAUUUGAGGACUAGAAUUAAGAGUGGAGAGGCCAUAAUUAACUAUGCCAACUACCAUGAUACCUCACCGUAUAGAUGGGGAGGAAAGACUGAUAUCGACCUAGCAGUUGAUGAAAAUGGCUUAUGGGUCAUCUAUGCCACUGAACAGAACAAUGGAAUGAUAGUUAUUAGCCAACUGAAUCCAUACACUCUGCGAUUUGAAGCAACGUGGGAGACUGUGUACGACAAACGUGCUGCAUCGAAUGCUUUUAUGAUCUGCGGAGUCCUGUACGUGGUCAGGUCAGUUUAUCAAGACAAUGAGAGUGAAACAGGCAAGAACGCCAUUGACUACAUCUACAAUACCCGAUUAAACCGAGGAGAAUAUGUAGAUGUCCCCUUCCCCAACCAGUACCAGUAUAUCGCUGCAGUGGAUUACAAUCCCAGAGAUAACCAGCUCUACGUGUGGAACAAUAACUUCAUUCUACGAUAUUCUCUGGAGUUUGGUCCACCUGAUCCUGCCCAAGUGCCUACCACAGCUGUGACAAUAACUUCUUCAGCUGAGCUGUUCAAAACCACAGUAUCAACCACAAGCACUACUUCACCGAAAGGCCCCAUGAGCACAACUGUAGCUGGAUCCCAGGAAGGAAGCAAAGGGACAAAACCACCUCCAGCAGUUUCUACAACCAAAAUUCCUCCUGUAACAAAUAUUUUUCCCCUGCCAGAGAGAUUCUGCGAAGCAUUAGAUGCCAGGGGGAUAUGGUGGCCUCAGACCCACAGGGGAGCGAUGGUUGAACGGCCAUGUCCCAAGGGAACAAGAGGAACUGCCUCGUAUCUCUGCAUGGCUUCCACUGGAACAUGGAACCCUAAGGGCCCUGAUCUUAGCAACUGUACCUCACACUGGGUGAAUCAGCUGGCUCAGAAGAUUAGAAGUGGAGAAAACGCCGCUAGUCUUGCCAAUGAACUGGCUAAACAUACCAAAGGGCCGGUGUUUGCUGGGGAUGUGAGUUCUUCAGUGAGAUUGAUGGAGCAGUUGGUGGACAUUCUUGAUGCACAGCUGCAGGAACUGAAACCUAGCGAAAAAGAUUCAGCUGGACGGAGUUAUAACAAGCUCCAAAAACGAGAGAAGACAUGCAGGGCUUACCUUAAGGCAAUUGUUGACACAGUGGACAACCUUCUGAAACCUGAAGCUUUGGAAUCGUGGAAACACAUGAAUUCUUCUGAACAAGCGCAUACUGCAACGAUGUUACUGGAUACGUUGGAAGAAGGGGCUUUUGUCCUGGCUGACAAUCUGGUAGAACCAACCAGAGUCUCAAUGCCCACCGAAAAUAUUGUCCUGGAAGUUGCAGUUCUCAGUACAGAAGGACAAGUUCAGGACUUCAAAUUUCCUCUGGGCAUCAAAGGAGCAGGCAGCUCAAUCCAGCUCUCUGCAAACACUGUCAAACAGAACAGCAGGAACGGGCUUGCAAAGUUGGUGUUCAUCAUUUACCGGAGCCUGGGACAGUUCCUCAGUACAGAAAAUGCAACCAUAAAACUGGGUGCUGACUUUAUUGGUCGUAAUAGCACCAUUGCAGUGAAUUCCCACGUCAUUUCGGUUUCAAUCAAUAAAGAAUCCAGCCGAGUGUACUUGACAGAUCCUGUGCUUUUUACCCUGCCACACAUUGAUCCUGACAAUUACUUCAAUGCAAACUGCUCCUUCUGGAACUACUCAGAAAGAACUAUGAUGGGAUAUUGGUCUACCCAGGGCUGCAAGCUGGUUGACACUAAUAAAACUCGUACAACAUGUGCAUGCAGCCACCUAACCAAUUUUGCAAUUCUUAUGGCCCACAGGGAAAUUGCAUACAAAGAUGGAGUUCACGAAUUACUCCUGACAGUCAUCACCUGGGUGGGAAUUGUCAUUUCCCUUGUUUGCCUGGCUAUCUGCAUUUUCACCUUCUGCUUUUUCCGUGGUCUCCAGAGUGACCGUAACACAAUUCACAAGAAUCUUUGUAUCAACCUUUUCAUUGCUGAGUUUAUUUUUCUAAUAGGCAUUGAUAAGACAGACUACAUGAUUGCAUGCUCAAUAUUUGCAGGACUUCUACACUUUUUCUUUUUGGCUGCUUUUGCUUGGAUGUGCUUAGAAGGUGUGCAGCUCUAUCUAAUGUUAGUUGAAGUUUUUGAAAGUGAAUAUUCAAGGAAGAAAUAUUACUAUGUUGCUGGUUACUUGUUUCCUGCCACAGUGGUUGGAGUUUCAGCUGCUAUUGACUAUAAGAGCUAUGGAACAGAAAAGGCUUGCUGGCUUCAUGUUGAUAACUAUUUUAUAUGGAGUUUCAUUGGACCUGUUACUUUCAUUAUUCUGCUAAAUAUUAUAUUCCUGGUGAUCACAUUGUGCAAAAUGGUGAAGCACUCAAACACUUUGAAACCCGAUUCUAGCAGGUUGGAGAACAUUAAUAAUUACCGUGUUUGUGAUGGCUACUAUAAUACGGACUUACCUGGCUAUGAAGAUAAUAAGCCAUUUAUCAAGUCUUGGGUGCUUGGCGCUUUCGCUCUUCUGUGUCUUCUUGGCCUAACCUGGUCAUUUGGGUUGCUUUUUAUUAAUGAGGAGACUAUAGUGAUGGCAUAUCUCUUCACCAUCUUUAAUGCUUUCCAGGGAGUGUUCAUUUUCAUCUUUCACUGUGCUCUUCAGAAGAAAGUACGAAAAGAAUAUGGCAAGUGCUUCAGACACUCCUAUUGCUGCAGCGGCCUCCCAACGGAGAGUCCCCACAGCUCAGUGAAGGCUUCCACCACCAGGACCAGCGCUCGGUAUUCCUCCGGCACACAGAGUCGUAUAAGAAGGAUGUGGAAUGACACUGUGAGAAAACAAUCUGAAUCUUCUUUUAUCUCAGGUGACAUCAAUAGCACUUCAACACUUAAUCAAGGAAUGACUGGCAAUUACCUACUAACAAAUCCUCUUCUUCGACCCCACGGCACUAACAACCCCUAUAACACAUUGCUCGCUGAAACAGUUGUAUGUAAUGCCCCUUCAGCUCCUGUAUUUAACUCACCAGCAACCUACAGAGAGACAAGACAUUCACUGAACAAUGCCAGGGAUACAAGUGCCAUGGAUACUCUACCGCUAAAUGGUAAUUUCAACAACAGCUACUCACUGCGCAAGGGGGACUACACCGACGGCGUGCAGGUCGUGGACUGUGGACUAAGUCUGAAUGAUACCGCUUUUGAGAAAAUGAUCAUUUCAGAGCUAGUGCACAACAACCUACGGGGCAGCAGCAAGACUCACAACCUGGAGCUCACGCUCCCGGUCAAACCUGUGAUUGGCGGGAGCAGCAGCGAGGAUGAUGCCAUCGUGGCCGACGCGUCCUCUCUCAUGCAUGGUGACCACCCAGGACUGGAGCUGCACCACCGAGAGCUGGAGGCCCCGCUCAUCCCUCAGCGGACUCACUCCCUUCUGUACCAGCCGCAGAAGAAAGCGAAGCCCGAGGGCACGGACAGCUACGUCUCCCAGCUGACCUCUGAGGCCGAGGACCACCUGCAGUCGCCCAACAGGGACUCUCUUUACACGAGCAUGCCCAACCUCAGAGACUCUCCCUACCCGGAGAGCAGCCCGGACAUGGAGGAAGACCUGUCUCCCUCCCGGAGGAGCGAGAACGAGGACAUUUACUACAAGAGCAUGCCCAACCUGGGGGCUGGCCACCAGCUCCAGACGUGCUACCAGAUCAGCAGGGGCAACAGCGACGGGUACAUCAUCCCCAUUAACAAGGAAGGCUGCAUCCCCGAAGGGGACGUGAGAGAAGGGCAGAUGCAGCUGGUGACCAGCCUUUAAUAGCGCAGCCGGGGAAGUCCGAGGGCCACCUGCGAGUAUUCACAGAGCGAGGCCCGUGGGCCCCACGCAGACUUGGCCGCGCAGACAGCCCUGAUGACCUGUGGUUCCUCCCGUGUAAAAAAAAAAGAUGACUGAACCUUGCCGUUCUGUGAAUUUUUAUAAAACAUACAAAAAAAACUUUGUAUAUACACAGAGUAUACUAAAGUGAAUUAUUUGUUACAAAGAAAAGAGAUGCCAACCAGGUAUUUUAAGAUUCUGCUGCUGUUUAGAGAAAUUGUGAAGCGAGCAAAACGCAACUUUCCAGCCAUUUUACCGCAGCAGUUUGCGAACUAAAUUUGUAAAUAUGGCUGCACCAUUUUUUUGUAGGCCUGCAUUGUAUUAUAUACAAGACGUAGGCUUUAAAAUCCUGUGGGACAAAUUUACUGUACCUUACUGUUCCUGACAAGACUUGGAAAAGCAGGAGAGAUAUUCUGCAGCAGUUUGCAGUUCACUGCAAAUCUUUUCCAUUAAGGCAAAGAUUGAAACCAUGUUUAACCACUAGCAAUCAAGCCACAGGCCUUAUUUCGUAUGUUUCCUCAACUGUACAAUGAACUAUUCUCAUGAAAAAAAAAAUGGCUAAAGAAAUUAUAUUUUGUUCUAUUGCUAGGGUAAAAUAAAUACCUUUGUGUCCAACUGAAAUAGAAUUGUCAUUAAAAUAAUUUUAAAGAGUUCGAAGAAACUAUUGUGAAAAGCUCUUGGUUGCACAUGUUAUAAAAUGUUUUUUCUUACACUUUGUCAUGGUUCUGCCCAUUGUCACUUAGUUUCCACUGUAUACAAGUGUUCUGCUUUGACAUGUUAGUUUUAUCCUUACAUUUAAAUUCCUUAUUGCCAAAAGAACGUGUUCUAUGGGGAGAAAAGUCUUUGAAGCCAGUUACGCCAUGCCUUGCACAACGGUGGUGAAAUCUAGAAAAGAUUGCGUGUCGCCCCUCCGUUUAUUCUUGAGCAGAGGGCAGAGAGGGCACUGGGCACUUCUCACAAACUUUCUAGUGAACAAAAGGUGCCUCUUCUUUUUUAAAAUAAAAUAAAACAUAAAUAUUACUCUUCCAUAUUCCUUCUGCCUAUAUUUAGUAAUUAAUUUAUUUUAUGAUAAAGUUCUAAUGAAAUGUAAAUUGUUUCAGCCAAAUUCUGCUUUUCUUUUCAUCCCUUUGUGUAAACCUGUUAAUAAUGAGCCCAUCACUAAUAUCCAGUGUAAAGUUUAACACGGUUUGACAGUAAAUAAAUGUGAAUUUUUUCAAGUAGUUAACGUGCACUUUUAUGUAUGAUACACAAUUGGCUUUAACACAUUGGCCCUCUCCCACCCCUCACCCUUGGAUAUAUUUAGAUCCCUUCAUAUUAUAACCCAUGGAUAUGGAGAAGAAUACAGUUAAGUUGCUGGAUGGCUUUAUAUGCUAAAAAGUAUAUAAUAUAUUUAUAUUCUGAUUAUCCAUUACCCAUGCUCACAAUUUGGCCAAUAAGUUUCAACAAAGAAUCAUACUGAAAGCUUUGUAUUUGUUGGAUUGCACCAGAACUUAAAAAAUAAUAAUGAAAAAAGGGGGGGAUUGUAAAUUCUACAGUCAAAUUGAGCAUCAUAAAAAAAAUUUUGAUUUUUCAGCACUAUUGAGAAGAAAUUCCUAAAACAUACUUUUACAGUGUGAGGAUUAUAAGUAUCCCUAUAAGGGAGCUGCAAAUGACAAUAUUUGUUAUCAUGGAAAGGUUCAAAAAUCAUAAUUGAAUCUCAACAAGUAGAUGUCUCCUGUCCACAUCAUAAGUGUUUAUACCAAAUUCCUCUACAGCUUAGUGGUUCUCCCCAGUGCUCCCACCAAGUUAGAAAUCACUUUAUUUUAUGUGGACACACUUAGUCAUGCCUGUUGAGUUUAAAAAAGAGUAAUGAGAAGAAAUGUUCAAGUAUAUAUUUAUAUAUCUAAAUGUGGCUAUAGUAAGGUAGACACUAUAUAAUAAAGGAUCAAUAUUUAAUAGUAGGGUAACAAUGAAGGAGUGUAUUCACAUGUAGUUACCUAACAAGUUGGAGAUUGACUGUAAGACAUUAUAUUCAUAUUCAAACAGAUACAAUUCUCUGAGAGGAAUAGUCAUAUUUCUUUGGCUAAAACUCUUCAGUCAUUUACAAAAUUUUAUUUGCUAGAAGGAAGUAUUAUAUAAUCAAACAUGUUAAUUUUCUAUUUUAUGCUUUUUUCCUUUCAAAGCCUGGAACUAUACAGUAUUGUGUGAUAUGUAUGUCCCAGUAUACAAACUGAGUAGGAUUAGGUUGGUUCAGUAAUGAAUUACCAAUUUAAAAAAAAAAGCAUUGAUUAUUCAAUUAGUGCUAUUUCUUUUGAAGCAGUUCUUAAAACUGGUGUGAUGUGAACAAGUUUAUGGUACAUAAAUGGUUAAUAUUCUCUUUAGAAAAAGUAAUUUAUUAUGAGUCUUUAUAUUAGAGAAUAGAAUCUGAAAGCUAUCAUUCAUCUUUGCCACCAAAAGAAAAAUUGUCUUUAAAACUGAUUUUUUUUAAAACAUAUAAAUGUUGCCUUAAAUUCCAUCUAGGCUUCUUCUUAGUACAAGUUAGUUUCUUAAGUUUAAAAUUAUUAAUCUACUGUCUAAUGCAUUACUCUGUUUAUUAGCCCAGUAGGUUCUUUGGGUCUGCCCAGACUUCACCUGGAUACACAAUUCCUACAUCCUUGAUUGUUUCUCUUUGUGAUAGUCACAACUGUGAACUUUUAUAAAGUCACGUUAUUGUACCUCUUCCCAGGGACAGUUACUCUACUGGUCUGUUAAUAAGGAAUGCUUGUUAACAUUGGCUUUAGCUGUAGCUUCAUACAGGUUAAUUCAGACUGACUUAUUUUAAGAUAGAGGCCUGUGUUUAUUCUAUUUACAAAAGAAAACAACUGUAUAUAUUCAUCUUACAGGCUUUUAAAAUCAUUUAUGUGGAAGAGAAUCCAUCCAUACAAGUGUAAAAUUACUUAAAUAUGUUGUCAAGUCCAACUCAUCCACGUUUAUUUGAGGGUAGGUCCGUGUAAUAUUUUAACCAGUAUGAACAACUGGUUUUAAAGUAAAGGAACAAUUAUUUGACAGAAAAUUUCCAUCACUAUUCUCUCCCCCCCAAAAAAGCAUCAUGCACAAAUUCAUUACCAAAUUUCAAAGAAAUAUUCAUGUGUACUUAUUAUAACAGUGUUUUCAGGACCCUGGCUUUAUGUAUUUAUUUAAAUGAAAAAGGAGAAAAUGUACUUUUCCAUCAAUUCAACUUUGAACCUCAGGCUUCAAACUGACCUUUAUGAUGCUCUCAUGGGAUAGAACGUUUUGUAAAGAACUUGAACUCACUAAGAAUUUUAUUGUGGUUAUAACCUAAGUAGAAAAACUUGAAAGAAUGCAUACAAGUUGAAUUUUUGUAAUGAAAACAGCUCUUCGUAUUUUAUUGAUACUGAAAUUUUCUUUAAAGACAGUUAUUCCUGCAGUGUUUUACAAAUAAAAAAACUACCUGUGUUCCAGA